AUGUUAACCGGAAAGAACAAUAUGGUCAUGUACGAGCAAGCCCCCUCGAGUGUAUGCAAGGAGCAUUACUUAUUUUUGUUGGAAUUAUACGUUAAACAGGCGUCAGGCGACCGCCUAACCAAGUUGAAUCGGAUGUUUUUCAUACCUACCAGCGUCCAUUUUGGAUUCCUCGACUUUGUAAAUGAGAAUGAUCUAGUGAUCACUCCGGUAAAUCCCCUUUUCCAACCGCAAGUAGGCAUCAUUGAUGAAGCUGAAGUAUUCAAUGUUGGAAAAUCAGUAUUGUUCACUAUCGAUUCUGAGGCGGCUAUGAACCGCGCUGCAAAAAUGAUCCUUAAAUUCACGGUGAAGAAGCAGAUGCCAGAGGCCAUCAAGCCGGAUGUCUUAGUAGGAACUGGCGAGCUGGACUUGUCCGGCCAGUAUGCGGCUUUGCGAAUAGAGAUGAUGGACUGGAAAAAUGGUGUUACAAUGCCCAAAGAGUUUGAUGGUCAAGUGCCAUUGAUUUAUAAUGAUAACUUGACGGACAAUCUGGAUAUCUUUGUAAGAAUCUCUGGUCUCGGACAGAUGAUUGUCACAGAAUUUGACGCACCAAUCGCACAGGAUCCUUCAACAUUUAUUUUCGGCGCUGGAGAAGCUGAUCAGAUUUUAUUGUACAAAUGUCGCAAAGUGGACUCUCGUAUUCUUGAUGUUUUCGAAGGUUCCUGCGAGGAUUUUCAAAGACCAAUAACUUUUCCUAUGUGCAUACCAGAGAAGUAUCCUUGUAUAUCGUGUGGGAAAUUAGCAGCUGUUGAAAAGAGGAAUGAGAAAAUAAGAAAAAAAAGAAUCGAUGGGAUGAUUGAAAGAAAGGAUACACCAUCAAAAGAUUCUGUUCGCGAUUCGUCUCAGCCUUGCGGCAAGCCGGUAAUUCUUAAAGUAUCCGGUCUCUUCGAUAAUGGUGACAAUCUCGGAAAGAAACCUACAAUAACAGUUGCCGCAGAAUCUGCAGCAACGAAACCAGGCAAGCCAUCUGAUCCUGACCAUGAUAUUUUUGUUUUGAGAAUCGGUAAAAAGGGCCUCGUUGGGGUUGGCGAGAAAUCUGAUAUACAGCUAGAGAUGAAAACCCCGAAAGGACCUGAAAGAAGGCCCCCGAUUAGAUAUGAGACCAGAGAUGUGCAGACAGAUGAGCGCCGCAAAGAACUGCCGAAAGAGCAAAUUAAGAAGAAGAUUAAGAAGAAAAAAUGA